CAUUAUCGGUCUGCUGUUUCAGGGGAAGAACAUAUAUGUUGAAGAUCUGUAUGUGUGUCCUACUUGGUUGCAACAGAAGAACAGGUCUACGGCUCAUCUAAAUGCCAACGCUCAUGGCAAAGACACCAUCAUCUUCCCCCUAUGGGUACCGGGGCAUUUUCAACUGUGUGUUAUGAACGUAGCACGCAAAGAAAUGUACUUACUCGACCCAUUGCUGUCGGCGUCCAAGUCAGGAUUUGGAGGAUACCUGCCAGUCCUAAGGAGUGUAAGCCAGACCAUUUAUCAAGGCCAGUGGACGGAAAAGACGGGCAGGGACUUGAAGGGCUUUCCAAAGCAGCCCUUCGGAAACGACUGUGGCAUUUUCAUGCUGAUGUCUGCCCUCUACUUGGUCUUGGAUGGUCAAUUUGAUUAUUCCGUGCACGAUAUGCCAGUGUUGCGCAGAUGGUGGUGCCUGUUGCUCCUCGAGAACCAUGGCCUAGACAGUCACGGUAAAGUAUUUGCGCACUGGACAAGAGAAUGCCAAGCACUCCUCACUGGAAAACACUCACCCAUCUUCAGGUUGAAGAGGAAAAGGGAUGAAAUUAUAUCGAAGGAAACCCGCUCGGUAAAGGAGAGGGAGCAGUUCAACAGGGCCAGGAAGAUUGUGGAGAGGAUCACUGCAGACCAACUGCGAUCUUUGGUGAAAAACUACUACCAGCGCUGCACCAUCCUCCCUGGAAAGUCUUUCCCCCACCCGUGCAGUCAGGCACGAGUCAGGAGUAUCCAAGAGACCCAGGAGUAUCCAAUCCACCAGCUCUUCAUCCUCUGUGGGCCACACAGGCCAGGAAAAUCUCUCAACGAGUGAGUUUGAUGUAGCCCCAGAUGCAAAUCUGGCCACGAAUCUCACAGCAUUGGCAGAUAUCAGCCAGGAUCUCAUUGCCAUCCCUGCUGAAGAACUGUUUACAUCCCAGCAAACACAAGAGGUUAAUAUCAAUGUAGUAACCAACUAACUGUGCAUUGUCCCUGCGCAGUCUGC